AUGGCAGACUCGACGUACGUCAAACCGGAGCCAUACAUCAAGCCGGACCCUGAAGCUGUGACGGCCUCUCCCCUCGACGACGACGACCUUUACGAAGAUGCUGGCGAUCUCGAGUUUUUCGACCAGUACAGCGACCAAGGCUCCUUCGGUCAAGCAUACUUAGCCCGAGUCCCCAAGGACUUGUGGGAAGCAUGGGAUAGCCUACCAGAUGACGCCGAGAUCGAGGUUGGUACGAUGCGACAGUGGGACGUUGUGCGCCCAGAUGGCAGCGUCGAGCACCGCUUCAAGAUGCUACUCAACUCCGACCGAGCCGAACAUCAAUUGAUGCCCAAGGAGUACGACUUGGAGAUGGGCAAGGAGCUUGCGCGCAGCACAUUCGUCUUUACUGAAGAGGAUCUGCCUGGCUUCAAGGCAAAAUCUAAGGCAAGAACCGAUGCGGCCAAUGCUGGUAUCCCGGCCCGGUUUCUACGGCCCAAGACAGACAAAGUGGAGAAGAAACCGUUCGAGAAGGGUCGUCGUUGGCAGCCAUACUACCGCAAGGCGAUUCCCAAGAAAACGAAGAUCGCUGCUAGGAUUCAGUACGAGUUAGCUUGUAAGCCUGUAGACAACGCCGAGAGUCAAGCAAUCCUGCAGCGGAAGCAAGUUGAGGCCCAGAGGCCGAAGCAUACUCUUCAGAUCAUGGAGCAGCGUGCAGCUAACAGCAUCAUUCACCAUGGUUCUGCUGCUGCUGUGGAGAAGUUUGGCUCCUUCAUCAAAACAUCUGCUCCCACAAAGGCUACAAAGCCCAAGAAGGCCGAGAACAGAGCUGCCCGUAUGUCGGAGGAACAGCUUCUCGACGGGCUCAUGGAGGCUUUCAGAAAGUACGAGUACUGGAAAAUGUCCAUUCUCAAAGCUAGGUUCGACCAGCCUGAGGCUUUCUUGCGCCAGACUCUGGAGAAGAUUGCGGUACUCAACCGAUCUGGCAUCCAUGCCAACGAGUGGUCGUUACAGGAGCAUCUGAAGAGCAUGGCCUCCGGCGCGAAUAGCGAGACCGCCCCAGAGGAAGCCGCCGCCGAAGACGACGAUGACGAAGUAGUGAUGGAGGAUGUUGUAUAA